UGUCUUCUCUAUUCCAGCAACGCUCGGGACUCCGAGGACGCCAUGAGCGAUCAGGCUGAUGGAACACACAUGUGGGAUCCUCCUGGUUCUGAUGAGGAUGACGACUGCCAGACACCUUUUACAGGUGCAUAUCGCCCCAUGAACGGUAUAGAAGAUGAGAACACAUUGUACAUCCAGCAGUGCGGGGUCUUGUUAGACUGUCAGGAUGAUGAUGAUGAAGAUGAUGAAGACAUCUCCCAGUCAGCUCCAGGUGAGGAGAGCGAGGAAAGCUUCUUAGAAUCCGACAAGAAGGACAGUCCUCCGUGCAGCGCCUCCCCCAAAGGUCGCCCGAGCGGGAAGGGGGCGAGCAAGCUCUCCAAUAUCAUUGCCCAUCUUCAGAGCCUGGCCAGCGAGCGGGAGUCCUCCCGCAGAGAGACUGCCGCAGAGGAGGACGAGGAGGCCUGGCCUCAGAUGGGGGAGAGCUCGUACGCCUUCUCCAGCGAAGGCAUUCCAUAUGAAGGAGACAGUUUGGCCUCCCCGCGGGGGGGCCGCCCGCACUCCACGGACCAACGGCUAAAGGCUUUCAAGGCCAUUAAAAUCUUGCAGGAGACGGACUCCAAGGACAAAAAGUACAUUUGCGUGGAGUGCGGGAAGACCAGUCGCUACAAGUCGGCCUAUUUGCGGCACAAGCGAACUCACACCGGGGAAAAGCCCUUCAGCUGCGCGGAUUGCGGGAAAUGCUUCCGCCGCAGCUCGCAGCUGGUGACGCAUCAGCGGACCCACACAGGGGAGCGGCCGUACACGUGCCUGCGGUGCGGGAAGAGCUUCAGCUGUAACUCCACCCUGGUGACCCACCAACGGACCCACACGGGGGAGAAACCCUACACCUGUAUGGAAUGCGGCAAGGGCUUCAUCCACAGCUCCGACUACAACCGCCACCACCGCGUGCACCGCGGCGAGAAACGCUACACCUGCAAGGAGUGCGGGAAGAGCUUCAGCCAGAGCUCCUACCUGGUCAUCCACCAACGCAUCCAUACCGGCGAGAAACCGUUUGUCUGCAACGAAUGCGGCAAAUGCUUCAGCCGCAACUCGUCCCUGGUGACCCACCAGAGAGUUCACACCGGGGAGCGGCCGUACACCUGCGCCGAAUGUGGGAAGAGCUUCCGCCAAAGUUCCCACCUCCUCAUCCACCAGAGGACCCACACGCCGGAGAGCCACCUGGCGCUCCGUGCCAUGAUGUGAGCCCGGUGCCCUUCACUUCCAAAGAUACUCAAUGGGACGUUU